CUGUUAUCUUCAAGUCUUGUUUCUCUUUUAAUAACUGGGUUUUUGGCAAGUUGGCAGCGUUUUUAAGUCUUUCUUGAUUCUGGGUUUCUGCUGAAAUGAGUUCUCUCUUCUGCCAUACCUGGUAGAUGCUAGGACUUUGACUUAAUGCUGACUCGACAAAUAUUAAAAUUCGUGUCUCUCAACUUGUGGGAUAUUUCAAUUUAUAGGGCUUGUUUUUGUUAGAUUUUUCUGAUUUCUUUUUCUGUUGGAGUUGGAUUUUUUGAAAAAAAAAAUUGAUCAGAUUUAACGAAGGAAAUGAUCAAUCUGAAUCCUGAUGUCCGGCAUUUUUCGAUUACUUCUGUUAUUGGAUCUCUCUGUUUCUGGGGAUUUCCCGGAUUGAAUUAGGUGUAGACUGUUCAGUUACAGUCGUUCCAAGACUGUAUUUUUUUUUUUCUUUUGGUUAAUUUGGGUUAUCUUCUGGAAUUUACUGUUUGGUGUUUGCUCAUUCUGUUGGUUUUAAGAGUUUGGAGGGUUACUUCACUAGUUUUUUCACUGGAUGCGGGAGUUAAUACUUAUGAUAACUAUUUUUAAUGGAAGUAUCAGAGGGGCAACUCUGGAUUUUUAAAUUAAUUGGCUUCAAAAAGGCCAAGGGGUUUAUGCUUCUUUGUUUUUAUUCUUGAGGCCGUGGAUAUGUCAAAGUUGAGGACAUCUCGUUCGAUAGUAAUUUUGUACUGUUGUUGUUUCCCAAGAGUAUCUGUCCUUUUUAUAAAUGGCAAUUACUCAUGUUCCUGCUUUAGUUGAUAAGUUCUUGUUGAAGUUGAGCUUUCUUAUGAUACUCACACAUAUUUGAGUGUCAUGCUGAGAAACGCAGCUUAGAACUCACAUGUGGUGUUCAAUGUUGUACAUCAGGACUACUGGAUAAUGAAAUGCAGAGAAGCCGGGAAUUUAACAUACUUUUCUAAUGCCGUCCAUCAGUCCAGCUGCUUCCUUGAGAAGCAGUGCAGGUGGUAUUUAAGUUCUAUAAUCUGCGCAAUUGAUUUCUUUACCCAUCAGACAUGCCCUGACCUAUCAAUACUUUAUUCUUUGGCUGUGUGAUGAUUUAUUAUGCUUGUAGGUGAUAUUUCUGAGGAUGUAAAUCCAGAUGUCAGGUAUGGUUCUGCUCACAUCCUUGAAGUUCCUUUUAUGAAACCCUGCAAUAUAUAUGUUGAAAUAGCCACGUUUCAGGAUUUAUCCAGAGGAAUCCAGUGCACAUAGUGACCAGCAAGAUUCCCUUUUAAAUUUAAAGUACCAUUUCACUAAUGCAAGCUCAAUGGACAAAAGUGAUGGUGAUCAACAACCUUAUGCUUUUGUGCAAAGUAAUCUCAAUGAAGUCGGUGAAGGAACCAUUAGAGACGCCGAAGGUAACGGACUGCUUCAUGGGCAGGAAGAGGGAGUUCAUAGCAUAGAAAGAGUUGAAUCAUCGAUCCCUGAUGAAGUUACGGCCUUUCCAUUUGAGCAAGAGCUGAGUGCCGAGUUUUGGAUGCCCCCUGAACCGGAAGAUUCCGUUGAUGACACUAAGGAUAGUGUCUUCAACGAGGAUGACGAUGAUGAUGAGGAGUUCAGUGAUGGCAUAAAUUGGGGCAGUCCAUCUUCUUUGAGUGGUUUUGAAGAUGAUAGGAGUGGGAUUUAUAAGUUCAAGGAGGAAAAACAAAGGGCGUUGGAAGAUGUGAAAAACGGCAAGUUUAAGGUUCUUGUUGAUCAGCUACUUAAAUCUGUUGGUGUUGUCUCAUCAAGGAAAGAAGGCGAGGACUGGGUUGACAUAGUGGCUUCUUUAUCAUGGGAUGCUGCUAAGUUUGUGAAGCCUGAUGCUGCAGAUGGUAAAGCAAUGGACCCUGACGGAUAUGUAAAGAUCAAAUGUAUUGCUUCUGGUUCUCCCAGCCACAGCAAAUUCAUCAAAGGCCUGGUCUUCAAAAAGCAUGCUGCUCACAAACACAUGCCUACCAAAUACCAGAAGCCUCGGUUGUUGUUGAUCCAGGGAGCCCUUGGUUUCUCCUCCAACGGAUUGUCGUCGUUUGAAUCGAUGCAUCAGGAGAAGGAUAGUUUGAAGAGCAUCAUUGAUGUGAUAGAAAUGUAUCAGCCGAAUAUCAUAUUGGUGGAAAAAACAGUUUCUCGAGACAUACAAGAGACUAUCCUGGGGAAAGGAAUUACGCUGGUCCUUGAUAUGAAAUUCCAUCGUCUGGAGAGAAUUGCUCGUUGCACAGGUUCACUUAUAUGGUCCUCAGAUGGUUUGACUGGCCAAAAGCUUAGGCAGUGCAAUUCUUUUCAUUUUGAGAAGUUCGUAGAAGAACUUGCUGUCUCUGGUGAAACUGCCAAGAAACCUAGCAAAACAUUGAUGUUUCUAGAAGGAUGCCCAACACGUCUUGGAUGCACGAUUUUGUUGGUCGGAGCUGACAGUGAUCAGUUGAAGAGGAUCAAAUGUGUGGUCCGUUGUGCUGUUAUAAUGGCGUACCAUUUUAUGCUAGAGACUUGUUUCCUUCUAGAUACGAGGGUGAUGUUCGCAAGCAUUGGUAUUAUUGAGGUUCCUAAACUGUCCAAUCAAGUGCCAUCGAGUGCUGAUGCCAAUGGUGAGACCUGGACUGAGUCUACGCCAUCAAACACUCUAGAUUUUGCUAAUUCUGAUGGUGCUGACUAUUUAAACCCAAGCCAGGAUGCUAAUAUGUCAUUCUCUAAAAAUUCAAACCCUGUCAUUCUUUCUGGACUUCUACCAUUGUCAGAUUCUCUAGAAAAAGUAAUAGUGUCCAAUCAGGCCGUGUCUACGUACUUUGCUUUUGAUGAAGGAAAGUCGAAUGAUGGGGAUCAAGGUGAUUUGCAGGUUUCUAUUUCAACUGAGUUAGUUGAUCAUUGUGGUUCUGAAAAAAGGGGAUCUGUUGAUGAAGACAACGAAGGUGAUAUAAAGCCGCACUCCAAAAAGCCUCUUGCAGCGCAAAGUACCAGUGAAAAUUAUGAUGACUCAAAGCCUGUAAAGGAUGACAUAAAAGCAGUAUUGGAUUCUGAGAGUAUAUUGGUUUCAAAGUCAACUCAGAAUGCAAAAAAAGGAACCAUGUGUGAGCAGAGUCAUUUUUCCCAUAUCAAGUUUUACAGGAAUUUUGACGUUCCUCUUGGGAAGUUCUUGCAUGAGAAUUUACUCAAUCAGAGUUUGCACUGUAAGACAUGUAAUGAGUUGCCCGAAGCUCAUUUUUACUACUAUGUGCAUCAUAGUAAGCAACUAAAAAUCCAAGUAAGGUGUCUUCCUAAUGAUAAGAUUUUACCUGGUGAGAAUGAUGGGAAACUAUGGAUGUGGAGUCGCUGUGGACAAUGCAUAUCCGAAAAUGGAAGAUCAAAAUCCACAAAAAGAGUUUUGAUAUCUACUGAUGCUCGGGGUUUAUCAUUUGGCAAGUUUCUGGAGCUGAGUUUUGCAAACCCCUAUUUUAGAAGAAAGUCCUCGUGUGGUCAUUCGUUACACAGGGAUUACCUCUACUUCUUUGGAUUGGGUCCUAUGGUUGGGAUGUUUAAAUACUCAAAAUUUGAUACUUACUCAGUUUCACUUCCACCUCGGAAGCUUGAGUUUCGUAAUCUCAUUAGUGGCGAGCACCUUAAGAAAGAGUUGGAGAAUGUGCAUAGUGAAGGAAUAUCGAUGUUCUUGGAGUUUCAGAAACGUUUGCAGGAAAUAGGCUCAAAAUAUCUGGGCAUGCAUAUCAACCUUCAUGGAUUGGUCAAGGAAUUCUCUGAAAUAGAGAAAAUGUUGAUGGUUGAAAAAUCGCAAUUUGAGGUUGAAAUUAAAAAUGUUGAUGGCAAUGAAGAUAAUGCUAUGUGCAAGUAUUUGAAGUUAAACAGAAUAAGAUUGGAUCUACUUCUGGAAUCAUCCAUCUGGGAUAAGCGCCUCAAUUGUCUGCUGUCAUCUGAUCUUUCUGUCCUUGGAAGCAAAACCUUUGAAAAUGGGGUGACUAGAGAAACUGGCAUUGACAUUCUGGAAAAAGCUGAUGGAACAGGCAUAACUGCAGAAGAUUCUGUAAAUGCAUUGGACAGUCAUCGGUACAAAGGCAAGCUGGAUACAUUUGAAGCAGAAAACAAUAUUGAAAGAGAAAUCCCUAUUGAUGAAGUCAAGCUGUUUACAUCUGCUGCCGAGAGCUAUAGUGAAAGAGAAAUUCCCAUCGAUGGGCAGAAUGAAAGUGCCAAGGAACAAGAUGGUCCAUUUUAUUUGGUAACUGAAGAUGUAAAUACAUCUUCUGUGGAGACAGCUUGUGGAAAUAAGGUAAUUUCCCAGGAUUCGUCAGUGAGCAGUCAAUACCAAUCUGUUAAUGGCAGUAUAGAAACCAGUUUCCCUUCAUAUGCUGCAUCGCAAACGGAUAAAGUGGUACCGAUUUCUUCUGAAUUUGAAAGUUCUCUUCUUGAUUCAAAAAGUUUUCAGAGUGGAAGAUCACAUUAUAGGUUGUCAUUCAACGAAAGGAAUGACAAAGGCUGGAUCUGGAAUUCAUUUACAGAAAUUCGACAAGCAUACAUGAGCGGUCUGUGGGGAGGAUAUUUGCCAAAAUUUGACACCACCACCAGCCUUGCUCCAGAAACCGCAGCGUACAAACUAAUCGCUCACGAGGGCUCAAAGCUCCACAUUCCUCUCGGUGAAGACGACUACAUUGUGUCAGACUAUGAAGACGAACUUUCGAGCAUAAUUUCUUGCAGUCUAGCUUUGUUAAAGGAUCUGCCGGCUGUGAAUCAAGAUCUUAAUGAAAAUCCCAGUAAAGACAAAACGGUUAUAAUGUCGAAUGAUAGUGGACAGAACCUUCCAAGAAUCUUUUCUCUCAACUCUCCUCACUGGUCCUCCAGUGGUUAUCCAGACUCAGACGGAAUCCAUUCCUCAGCUAGCAUAUCAUCAGAGGAGUCGCUCUCAUCAAGUUUUGAUAGUUUGGAUCUAUUGGAUUCAGUGGUGUCCAUGGGAGCUCUUCAUCCAGAAGUAUCUAUGGGGAUCGGAAAAGUUCCUGGGAAACGAAAAUAUUCUGUUAUAUGCGUAUAUUCCAGCCGAUUUCGGCAACUUCGGAACCGAUGCUGUCAAUCUGAAGUGGAUUAUAUUGCUUCUUUAAGUCGUUGCAAGAACUGGGAUGCCAAAGGAGGGAAGAGCAAAUCUUUCUUUGCUAAAACUAUUGAUGAUCGAUUCAUUAUAAAAGAGAUUAAAAAGACUGAGUUUGAGGCAUUCAUGAAAUUCGCUCCAAACUACUUUGAUUAUAUGGACAAUUGCUAUGAAGUUGGGAACCAAACUUGCCUUGCCAAAAUUCUGGGUGUUUAUCAGGUUACCAUAAGAGCAACCAGAAAUGGGAAAGAGAUUAGACAUGACCUAAUGGUGAUGGAGAACCUUUCUUUCGGUCGGAAUAUUGAUCGACAAUAUGAUCUAAAAGGUGCUUUACAUGCUAGAUUUAAUUCAACAAGCAAUGGGCCAGGAGAUGUCCUUUUGGAUCAAAACUUUCUUAAUGACAUCAAUGUUUCUCCUCUAUAUGUGAAUAAGAAAUCAAAGCAAAGUCUACAACGGGCUGUGUGGAAUGACACAACUUUUCUCAAAUCUAUAUAUGUGAUGGAUUACUCUUUACUACUGGGAGUGGAUACUCAAGGACAUGAACUUUCUUGUGGGAUCAUUGACUAUCUAAGGCAAUAUACUUGGGACAAGCAACUCGAGACUUGGGUCAAAUCAUCUCUUGUUGUCCCUAAGAACCAGCUGCCGACUAUUAUCUCCCCUAUCGAGUAUAGAAGGAGAUUCAGGAAAUUUAUCGGUACCCAUUUCCUUGGUGUCCCUGAUCAUUGGUGCUCCCAACGAUCUACACACCCUUGUCUACUGUGUGGCGUGGGAGAUUAUGCAGAUGAUGAAGACGAUGAGGACCCUUUGCUGUCGAAGCUACAAAAGCUAGGUUCGGAUGGUGCUGAUUCUCACCAUUCUAACCCCCAAUAGCAAGGAUCAAGGUUCUUGUAGUCAAAUCAUUUACAGGCAUGCCACCUUUCCAACUUGUUAGACUUUUGUUGUACAUAAUUAAACAACCCAGGUAACCCAUCCUGCAAAGUUUUUGCAGCAAAUAUAGUGGGAUGGAAUCUAUUUUACAGGUAGUGCUAGGUAUAAAAAUGUCAUAUAGCCAAGUGAUUGUAAAAUUACUUGGUGGUCUCUGGAGUAGUUCUUUCAUUCUUUUUGUCUUGAAAUUAAUGGAGUCAUAUAUAUAUAUACUUUUCACAAUAGUACAGUUUUUUGGUUGGAUGAACUAUUUAUUUUUGCUAUAUAAUACAGCAAAGAAAACCUUUUAUCCUUUCUCUUUUCCCCCUCAUUUGAGAAACAGCUUCCUUCUCUUUGAAUCUUAACCUUGUAUGAUCCGGCUUCAGCAGUCAAUAUUUUUUAUUUCUACCCC